CCGGCGGUUUCAGACAAUAACAUGAUUCCCGGACAAAUCCUUUCACAAGAACCGAGUGCAGAAGAGCUCUGGUGCUCGCGCUUCGGAAUGGGGAUAUAAGUUAAGCGCGGCCAACAGGGUCUUCCCAGCCAAAUCCUAACCAUUAUCUCACCAUACUACUAACUCUCAGAUCCGUUUCUAACCCGAGCCUGUGUACUCAUCGGAGCCACCAUGCCGUCCGCAAUCGAGUCUUACGAAUGUGUCACCUGUCAGCAUAGCAUAAGGCCGGAAGACCGGAUCCCCGCCCUCGUCCGGCACCUGCGCCAUGGGUCCCGGCACGCGACACCGGGCCCGCAGUGCACGCUGUGCCAAAUAUCCACCGACGGGGGCGCCGCUGUGGCGCUGCUCGCGAUCGAGGUCGCGCCGCCCGACGCGCUGCGGCAGGGCGAGUUCCUGGCGCUCUUCACGCGGCUGGCGGCGGCGGGGCGGCUCCCGACCCCGGACCCGGAGUGGCCGGCGGUCUGGCGGCGCGUGGCCGGCGCCGUCUGGUCGCAGCGACGCAGCAUCGACCUGUGGGACCUGCUCGGGCGCGUGGUGGCGCUGUGCGGCGGCGCCGCGGGCGCCGCGCUCGUCGCCCGCCGGCUCGCCCUGCACGCGUACGAGGCCGCCAUGGCCGAGGAGAAGGAGAAGUGGACGCCCGACGCGACCGGCGCCUCCCUCGACGGCCAGCUCCGCACGCCGCGCCUCGCGCGCCUCGUCCGCACCGCCCUCGUCGCGUCCGCCGACCGCGUCCAGACCCCCGCCGAACUGGUCCAAUUCUUCCAGGCGCUCGCCGACCGCAACCAUUGCGCUCGCCUCUGCCACAACUACCGGUUGAUCAGGUAGGUCGGACCCCGUGUGACUGCCGCCUCGUAGCUCCCUAGGUGCGCCCGGAUUCCCGCAGCGAACCAAACGCCUCCUCCUCGCCGUGCGCAGAUACGCUCUAGCGGAGGUUCACGCGAGCGGCACCGUAAGAUACUUCCGUACCCCAAAACCAAAAAGGAAAACCAAAAAAUAUUAGAUUUACAGAUUGGUACGUAUGUUCC